GAAGAUUAUAUAGCGAGACGUUGUACGGACUUUUCAAAUGAAUUAUAUAAUCCACAGACAGAAAACCAAAAGGCGAUAGCUUACAUGAUGGCUCUUACUUACGAAUUCAACAAAGUUCAAACUUCCGCACGUUACGGCAAUUUUACUCUGUAUAAUGUACAUUGUACAGUGGGCAGAUGCGAGAAAUAACGAUGCUCAAAUGCUUCGAAAUGAAUUCGAACAAAAUAUGCAAGAAAUAAGAGAAUGGUUUCAAAAUGGGGACAUUUUCAUAGUAGAUCGAGGUUACAGAGAUGCGAUACCAUUGCUUGAAGCUAUGGGAAUCACACAUAGGAUGCCUUGUCUUCUUGAACGAGAUCAACGUCAGUUUACUACGGAACAAGCUAAUGAAUCUCGAAUAGUAACAAAGACAAGGUGGGUGGUCGAAACUCGUAACGGACAUUUAAAUUCAAUUUUUAAGUUUUUUGCUAACGUCAUUCAAAUAACUCACACAAAAAAUCUUGGGGAUUUUUUACGAAUUGCUGGUGGUAUUAUUAAUAAAUACCACCCGCCUAUUCGUAUGGAAGAAGCAAAUGCAGAGUUAGCAAGAGAACUUUUACAACAAUCAAGGCAAGUAAAUGUUGUACAAGAGCGUGUGGAUGCAGAAAAUCUAAGAGUUUUGAGAGCUAACUGGAAUCGUCUCAAUAUCACCAGCAUGUCCGUAACUUCCCCUGCUUACCUUAGACUAUUUACGAGAAUUGACAGUUGGCACUUAUCAAGUGAAUUUAGCUCCGUCUUACGUUCAAGAUAAACUCCAACGAGACGAGCAGGAAGAGUUUCAAAUCGAUGUUCACUUUGAUAAGCCAUCAUUGAUUAGAGUUAGAGUAUAUUCGCGUUACCGUAAUGCAACUAAACACCAACUCUGGAUUUCUUAUAAUGGAGAAUGAUAAUGAUAACGAUAACGUAGAACCAAUAACAGAUUACUAUUGUACAUGUCAAGCAGGUGCUCGAACAUUGGGGAUAUGUGCGCAUGUUGCAAGUGUUCUUUGGUUUUUGAGAUACGCACGACAUCAACAGUGUAUUAAAUAUCCUUCCACACAACUAUUGCAAUCUGUUCAAGAUGCUGCUCAUAGACCUCAUCAGCAAGACCUUAACCAUAACAUAGAAUAAAGAACGGAUAAAUUGAAUCUCACAACAGAAGAUAUAACUAACGAUCUAUUAAGGUGAUGCCGGAACGUUGGCCGAACUCCGACGGGUUAGCACCACACAUAUCUAAACAUA